GUGGGGGACACGUGACUUGUGCUGAAAUAAGGAAGGAAGGAAGGGGAAAGGGGAAUGUGCUAUGGGACUGGUAGUCUAAGAGAGAGAUAUAGGGAAGGAAGGGAAGUGAGCACACACAGAUGCAGGCAGCCACCAAGAGUCUGAGACUCUUUGACAGCAGGACGCUGGAAGAAAGGACAGAAGUGAAACUGGCUGUGAUGGGGCUCUUACUGAUCCUGCUGCUCCUAGGCCACCUAACAGUGGUCACUUAUGGUCGUCCCAUCCUGGAAGCCCCAGAGAGUGUGACAGGGCCCUGGAAAAUGGAUGUAAACAUUCCCUGCACCUAUGGCCCCCUGCAAGGCUACACCCAAGUCUUGGUGAAGUGGCUGGUGCAACGUGGCUCAGAUCCAGUCACCAUCUUUCUACGUGACUCCUCUGGAGACCAUAUCCAGCAGGCAAAGUACCAGGGCCGCCUGCAUGUGAAUCAUGAGGUACCAGGAGAUGUGUCCCUCCAACUGAAUACCCUUGAAAUGGAUGACAGGAGCCACUACACAUGUGAAGUCACCUGGCAAACCCCUGAUGGAAAUCAGUUGGUGAGGGAUAAGAUCAUUGAGCUCCGAGUUCAGAAAUUAUCUGUCUCCAAGCCCACAGUGACGACUGGCAGUGGCUAUGGAUUCACAGUUUUCCAGGGGAUGAGGAUUAGCCUUCAAUGCCAGGCUCGAGGUUCUCCCCCCAUCAAUUAUGUUUGGUACAAGGAACAGGAUAACAACCAGGAACCUGUCAAAGUAGCAGCGUUGAGUACUUUACUCUUCAAACCUGCAGUGGUGGCUGAUUCGGGCUCCUAUUUCUGUACUGCCAAGGGCCGGGUUGGCUCUGAGCAGCGCAGUGACCUUGUGAAGUUUGUAGUCAAAGAAUCCUCAAAGCCACUCAAGACCAAGACUGAGGCACCUACAACCAUGCCAUCCUCCUUUGAAGCAACAUCCACAACGAACACAUUCUGGGACUGGACUACUGAAGAUGAUGGCUACCCUGGGGAGACCAGUGCUGUGCAAGGUAAGGGCCUGCCUGUCUUUGCCAUCAUUCUCAUCAUCUCCCUGUGCUGUAUGGUAGUAUUCACCAUGGCUUAUAUCAUACUGAGCCGCAAGACAUCCCAGGGGGAGCAUGUCUAUGAAGUGGCCAGGCUGCAUACCAGAGAGGCCAGCGACUCUGGAGAAGCCAUGAGAGUGGCCAUCUUCGCAAGUGGCCGCUCCAGUGAAGACCCAGCUGCCAAGGCUCUGAGCAAUGACUACUCAGAUGAGUCCUGCCUGGGUCAGGAGUACCAGAUCAUCACCCAGAUCAACAGCGACUACGCCCGCCUGCUGCACACAGUGCCUCCGGAUUAUGAAUUUCAGUCCACCAAGGGCAAAAGUGUUUGCUAA